AUGGAAACAAACAGCUUCUCAGGAGCAAUCCAAGAGACUCAGAUUGCUCAGGAUGAACAGUCGAUAAAUGCUAAAUCUGAGAGAUCAUCUACCUCGUCGAUGAAAACAGAUUCAGAGAUAAGCAAAUCUCAGUUUAAACUUUACCCUAUCAGAUGGGUGAUUUGUGUAUUUUUCACAACCUCUAUUGUUGCCAGUGGAUUAGGUAUGGUUGGAAUGACCGCUAUUACUCCAAUCAUCUCUGAUAUUUAUGAUGUGUCAGGAUUAGUAACAAAUAUGCUAGUGCUACCCUUCAUCAUUUUGUUCAUCCCUCUGAUAUUCCCUGCUAACUAUCUUAUCGAGAACUAUGGGAUAAGCAUUCCCGUUUAUUGGGCUACUGUGACUCUCCUGGUUGGUGCUUGGGUCAGACUUUUUGUCAACUAUAAUUUCUUUGCUGUGAUUGGAGGUCAAGUGAUAAUGGCUCUUGGCCAACCCUUUGUGCUUUCAGCUCCAGCAAAGCUAUCUGCUUUAUGGUUUGGAGACAAAGAAAUGGCUAUCUCUACCACUUUAGGGUCAUUAGCAGCACCAAUUGGAGCUGUUUUAGGAUUUUUGCUUCCUCUACCAUUGAUUGGAGAAAAAGAUGCACCGCCAAAUAACACUCCUGAACAUGGGCAAAGAAUAUUUUUCAGAUAUAUACUUAUACAAAAUAUAAUCAUUACUGUUUUGGGACUCCCAAUUAUAUUCUUCAUCCGAAACCACCCUCCAACUCCUCCUAGUGCAAACGCUGCAAAAGCUUUAAAGAAAAGACCAGCUAAUCAAUGAAGAAGUUGAGGGGUCUUAUUCAAAAACGUUGACUUCAUAAUGCUACUAGUGUCUUUCUCCUUUAUCUAUAGUAUUUAUAUAACUCUGGGUGCUGCAGUUGGACAGCUUUCUUUCCAAUUUAACUUUCCUCCUUCAGCAAACAGUAUAUUUGGAACUGCUUAUAUCUUUGGAGGCCUUUUUGGAUCUUUUGGUCAUGCCAUUCUUCUUGAUAAAUAUCAGAAGUAUAAACUCCAAUAUCUCUUCAUUGGCUUUGCUUGAAUUCUUACAAUGGGUGCAGUGAUUGCAACAAUGAGUGUGGGUAGUCAGCCACUGACAGCUUCACUUCUUUUCUUUCUUGGAGUUGCACAAUUACCAAGUAUUGGAGUUGCAUACAGCUUUUGAUGAGAAUUAACAUAUCCUGUCAAUGAAGCCUUGUCAUGAGGGAUCCUUAUGCUUUUUGGCUCUAUAUUUGCUUCAGGCUUAACUUUUGCAGUGGGAAACCUGCUUGAUAUCGGUCAUAAAUACCCUGCUGUUUUUCUUAUGCUUGGGUUUGUAGUUCUUGGGACAAUUGCGCAAUUCUUUGUUCGAGAAAUUUUGAGAAGAAAAAGAGCAGGAUUAAAAAGUGGCUCUUUCUCAUUUAGUGUCGGAAACCAUGCUCAAACUCAGAUGAGUACUGAAAUAGAAAAUACCUCAAAAGAUACAAUGUCAAACGAUAGAUUCGAAAGGCCAAUGAUAGAAAAGAAUAGUUAA